AUGGGCGCGAGCGCGUCAUUAUUCCUAUCUGUCUUGUGUGUGCGUGCCCUGCGUGGGCUCCAUUGUUUGUUGCCCUUGUUUGCCGUCGUGUUCGAGCUGAGCUGGGACGUCGCUGCUCCAUCCAUGCUUACUGAAUUUAUUGGCUGGUCAACCCACCAACAAAAUAGAAAAUCCCUCCCCAUUUUCAAUUCCUUUGACAAAGAAUCACACCGUCUACUAUUUUUAGACGCCCAAGUGUAUUUUGCUUUGAAGCAAAAUACCGGUGGACCACCAUCCCACUACCGCCUUUUUCCUCUCUCUCUCUCUCUGUCUGUCUGCACAACAAUGGCGGCGGCAGCAGCUGGUAUCAAGGUCUCCCCCGAGGAGCUGCGGGAAAACAAGGUCCCCCUGGCCUUCCGCGAUGCGUGCGCUGAUUUCCUCAUCUCGCUGAACAAGUGCCGCACUGAAAACCGCUUCCUGCCCUGGAAGUGCGAGCACCAGAUGCACGAGUACGAGGGCUGCCAAUAUGGCCAGAUAAUUGCAGUGGCAAACAUCUAUCCACAUGGUUCGGUUCAAGGAUUUUGCUGCCAGACGCAACAUUCAAGGACAUGA